AUGGAACCAAAGGUUAAAUCACAGAUUCCUAAGGAGACCUCACCACGAAUAAACAAGUCUACAGAUUCGGCGGCGAUUUGCAUCACUCUUUCAGAAAUCGCCACUCUUGAAAACACUUUUGACAUUCCUCCAAAUUUACCAAAUUCGCCUUCUCAAAAUGAACCCGAGCUUAUUAACUCAGCCUCGCCAAAUCAAGAAAAAAGUGCCGUUUUAGUUACUACAAUCUUGGAAGAAACCACUUCCUCAGUUACUACAGAUAAAGAGGUGGCUCAAGCGGAGACAAGCAUUGCAACAACUUUCUCUUCUUUACCCGAACGGGUUGAGCAACCACCUAUUGCAAAGGAUAAUACUAUAUUUACAAAUUAUAGUACCACCACAAACAACCUUAAUGAUGAAACGCAAAUCUCUAAUACUAUUCUUCCGAUUAACUCGUCUUCAAAGGAACUUAUUAUUGUUCGUGUGAAACGAAAGCGAAACGAAGAGCCUUUGGAUGCGUUUGUUGUGCAAAAAAUGUUAAAUGGAAACUUGCAUAAUAAGAAAGCUAAAAAGGAAGAAAGCCAUGUUACUGAGAAAACUCAUACUACUGUUGAUGCACCAACCACUUACUUCCGAUUCGCGGAAACAGUGGAUGAAAUGACAUUUGAACAUUCAGCAAAGACUCUUCAACUUGAGGAGCGUAUUAGGAACAGACUACGAAAAAACCAAAAAGAUGAAGAUUUAAAAAAACGGUUCAAAGACCAUCAUGGAAAGAAAAGAGACCAAUUCAAGGAAGAUAAGCAUACAGCACGGUAUCAAAUAAUUCAGAAUAGAAGAUAUAAAAAUAAUAGUGAUAUACUCAUAAAUCGAGAGAACAACGACGACGAUAAUAAUAUGAUCAUGAAUGGAAUUACCGAAUCACUUAAAGUAUUUGAUGCCGUAAAACAAGUUGAUCACAACGAUGAGAAAUUGACAAUAUCAUCAAAACCUACACAUCGUGAUGGUGUAAUGGAGAAGUUCCUGCCUAUGGUUAUGGAUUACAUGUCACACUUGAAUAUAAAAGAGCAUGAUGACGAUGAUGAAUACGUCUAUGAUGUAUUCUAUCGUGACGACAAUUUUUUUAAGGAAUUGGAAGAUCACUAUCGUAAUGUUGCUUCGUUGGUUUGGAUUGAAGACGAUGAUAAUGAAUAUUUGUUGGAUGAAGUGGAUGUAAUCGAAACGGAUGAUGAAGACUCAAAUGCUGAAAAUUACUAUACUCAUGAUUACCCUGAUGAAGAGGAGGACGACGAGAAAUGGGAAGAGGAUAGUGAUUACGAUUCCGAACGUGAUUUCUAUACUUAUGGAAAUCAGUCAUCUGACGAAGAGGAGCAUUAUGCUUAG